GACCCAGCGCAUGCGCACUGUCGCUUUCAGCAGGUCGCCAUUUUCAAAAUCAGGAAUCUUUAUUGCCAGAUGACAAUGUUGUCCUCCGGUGGAGUUUAAAUAAAGACCCGGAUUAUUUGAAUAACACUGAAGGUGUGUUAUGGAGCUUCCUAACUACAGCCGACAGCUCAUGCAGCAGCUGCAGACUUUGCGAAAAGAGUCCCAGUUCUGUGACUGCACCAUCCUGGUGGGGGACGUGACCCAUCCGGCGCACAAAGUGGUCCUGGCUGCCUCCAGCAUGCUCUUGAAGUCUCUGCUUGAGACUUCAGACAGCAUCUCCAUCGACACGGCAGUGCUCACGGCGCAGGAGUUUUCCUCUCUGCUGGACAUGGCCUACUUGGGCAGACUGGUGCCGGGCAAACACGAUUUCACACGUGUCAUCGCCGCCGCAGACAGCCUGCAGAUGUUCGACGUGGCUGUCGGUUGCAAGAACAUCCUGGACCAGCUUGUGAAACAAUCUGAAGAUGCUCAGGGUUUAAAGCUUCACUCAGAUGUCCCAAUGAGUGAAACACAAGAGCAAAGAUGUCUUGAUGGUUAUGGUCCAGAGUUUGUGUCAGUGGGACAUGGGGAAAAUAUGUGUCCAAGAAACACACUCGAGUCACAAAAUGAAGAUGGCGCUGUGGAGCUGCUUUCUCACAAAAGUGAGGCUCUCAUCAGGACCCUGCAAGACAUCCGGCCGUGGAUUAACAUCCUUCGUACCUGGGACACACUAUCAAGCCAGCAACAGCGUAUGUUGCUGACGUGUUUUGAAGGAGAUCCAGACGUGGAUGUAGUUUUCCAGCGUCUCCUGGACCAGGUGAAGGAUGGGUGUGGCGUCUCAGUCCAGGGUGUUGUUAUGAUGCUGGAACGGAUAAAGAUCCUAAAGCCUGAUGUGGAGUCAGUGGAGGAGAAGGAGCAGACAGGACCUGACCUCAAAGUCACAGGGCGAGCUGAGGCAGAGGUUGCCGAGUCUACCGGAAAUCAGCGCGAGGUCGCUUCAGACCUAAAAUGCUACCUCACAGGUGUGGAGAAUGCGUCUGAACUGCUCACUCGGGCAGCGGACAGAUGCAAGAGCGAAGACGUAAAGCAGGUUCUGCUGGAGUGCAGUGGAGAGCAGAAUCAUGGGCAGGUGCCGAGGAAGCUGCUGAGCACGCUUACUGAGAGAGGAAUAGAGGAAAAGUCUGUACUGCUGCUUCUAAAGGAGGCUGAGGACAGCAGCACAACUCCUGCAGAUAGAAGGACGGACGACUGCAUCGGUGCGUCUCUGUUAAGAACUUUCCAGGACAGACUGUGUGCGCUGAACCUGGAGGCCCAGAUCAUCUGGCGGAGUUUAGAGGAAGGACCUAGCAUCCCGUCUGACCAAAAAGAGGUCCUGCAGAAACAGAGUGAUGGUCAAAUGGAGACAUUGCUCGGAGUUACUUUGGAUGGAGGUUUGGUUCAGCCUCUGACUGUAUGGAGGAUCUUGUUCUGGUGUGCGACUCACAGCCCAGAGCUCCACAGCGUUACACAGGAAAUCAGGGCGAAACCAGAAGCUCAGGAAUUUAUCCACAUGGUUGCCCGAGUGGAUGCCUUGUUCAAGCACAAAAAGCUCAUUCUAGAAACAAUCGAUAAAAUCCCUGACCUGGAAAGAGCUGUGGGCGAUUUGGACCACGAUAAAGACGUUCGUGAGUUCCUGCAGAGCUGCCAUGGUGCCGACAAAGAAACGGAGACCAUGCAGCAGGUUCUGGAGCGAGUACUGAGCAGAGAAUUGCAGCACGUACGGACGCUUUGUCAGCUCCUGUCCACCAGCCAGGCGAGCUUCCCCCAGCUUUCUGUCCUCAUCGAGGAGCUUGGAGAUGUUGAUGCAGAGCACAAUAAGGAGACUGCAGGCUCAGAGAAGGAGGAAGAGGACAAAAAGGAAGAUCGCACACACAGAAGGAGGAAGCGCGUGGUCGUGUCCUACAGCUGCCCGUGGUGCCACAAGAACUUUGACUUCAAGUGUCGUCUGCUGAAGCACAAGAAGCGGUGUGCGUUCUGUCCAGACAGAGUGCAGCGCUGCACCGAGUGCUCUGCCAAAUUUCCGUCGGUCACGGCCCUGCAGCAGCACCGAGCCGAGGUUCACAACGGUCCUCCGGUUAAGAGGAAAAAAGUAGAACCGGUGACGUGUGAGCUGUGUGGAAAGGCCUUUAAACACCCUUCUGGUCUGUUGUACCACAGGCGCACUGAGCAUUUGGAGGAAAGGCCCUACGCGUGUGAGGAAUGCGGCACCAAGUUUGCCGCCAACUCGUCUCUAAAAAACCACAUGCGGCUGCACACGGGGGAGAAGCCGUACCACUGCAAACACUGUGACAUGAGUUUCGCCGUGGCCGCCGCGUUGUCCUACCACACCAAGAAGAAACACUCGGAGGGUAAGAUGUAUUCGUGUCAGUACUGCUCAGCUACGUUCGCGCAGUCCAUCGAGCUGACACGGCACGUGCGCACGCACACCGGAGACAAACCCUAUGUGUGUAGGGAGUGUGGGAAAGGCUUCAAACAAGCCAACGGGCUCUCAGUGCACCUGCAGACAUUCCAUAAUAUCUCAGACCCACAUGACUGUCAGAAGUGUCGCGUUAGCUUCAGUAGUCUGGAGAAGCUUCGAGAGCACAUUCUGGAGGUUCACCCUAAAGAGCUGCACCAGUGUCCCGAGUGCAAUAAGAUCUUGAACACUGCGGCUCAGCUGGAGAAACACAUGAGCGUCCACGACGGCACCAAACCCUACAGCUGCCAGAGCUGCCAAAAAUCCUACCAGACUCUUUCGGGGUUGUGGUACCACAACCGCACCACACACCCAGACGCAGUGACGACGGAGGGCAGUCGCUCGAUUUCACACCUCCUGCACUGUAAAAUCUGCGAUAAGACAUUCUGCAACAGGAGCAGCUUGUUUAAACACAAUAUUACCAAACACCCAGAAACCCGUGCUGCGAGUGAAGGGGGUGAAAGGGAAGCACAAGAAGAUGCCAUUGUGUGGAGGUGUGUGUACUGUCCUCAUGCUAUGAGCAAUGAGCAGGAGUUGCAGCAGCACAUGUCGAGCGAACACGUGAGCCAGCAGGGAUCUGUGUUUGUCUGUGCCGUCUGCACGCUGUCCUUUCUCUCUGAAGCAGAGUUCCAGCAGCAUUUCCUCAUUAAUCACGUGCAGCUUGUCCAGGAGGAGGUGUUAGAGUCUCAUUGUCCCGCCUCCCAAAUGGUGAUCCAGACAGAAGAUGCCUCGGCUGAAGGGACGGAACAGAUCGUAGGGCUCGACCAAUCACAGCUGGCCGGAUCUCAACAGGUGUUUGUUGCUCUGGGAGACGGCGGGGAGGCGGCGGCUGACACGGGGAUCGUCGCCGUUAACGUGGAGGACUUGCUGACGGGACGCGUCACGCUGAUCUGUGAGGAGAACCAGUAGAGUUAUGUUUACACAGGAGCACAAAUGUGUUGGCAAAACACACACAAACACCACACAUCUUUCUCUCUUAGCUUUAAACUUGAAAGUGUACAUCAUCUUUUUAAAGCAUAUAUUUAUACGCCAUAUAUUACAAAUCCUUAAUAACCUGAAAACACACACAGCUCAAGGUGCGGAUUCAAGUCUUUAGCUCUUCAGGAUAAUGGAGGUUCAGAGUGUGUGUGUGUGUGUGUUUGCACCACAUGUCAUAUGUGAGAUGAAAGAGGACCAGAUGGCAGAUGGAAAGAUGACAGCAUGGUUCAGGCUGCUGCUGAUGACCAAGUUAAAUCAACUGUUUUUUUUUGUUUUUUUUUUAUUUAUAAUCAUUUUAUAUAAUGUUUAAAUUGCUCAACUGAGGAGACGGCAAAUGUUUUUGUGGCUGCAAAUACAGCAGCCUGUAAUAAUUGUUUUUAUUUUAACAUCUUACCGUCUCCGUGGGGCUUUAUAUAUUUAUAUGUGCAGGAAAAUGAAGUGUUAUUGAUUUAUAAAGCUACUACAGUAAUGAA